AUGUUUUUGUUCUCUGCCUUUGCUGGCACUGAAGUUGCCAACAUCAAAAGUGAUAACCAGGGUUCUAACAGCACUACUGGAGAAUCCACCGGUUUCAAUCUCGCUUCUCUCAUUUACAUCUCUCUCUCCUUUGGGUUCUCUUUGAUGGUUAACGUCUGGGUAUUCUUUCGAAUCAGCGGUGGUCUAUUUAACCCUGCCGUCACUCUUGGAAUGAUCAUGGUCAAAGCUCUUACAGUUGUUCGUGGGAUUUGCCUGCUAACUGCCCAAAUGACUGGCGCCAUCAUCUCUUCAGCGGUUGUACGAUAUCUCUUCCCUGAGUCGUUUGAUGUACGCACUACUCUCGGAGGAGGGGCUUCGCUUGCGCAAGGAGUUUUCAUCGAGGGUAUACUCAUUGCCGAGCUCGUAUUCACCAUCUUCAUACUCGCCAAGGAGAAGCAUCGUGCGACCUUUAUUGGCCCUGUCGGGAUUGUUCUUGCUUUGUCCAUCAGCGGCUCGUUGACUAACACGCAGUAG